UUGCACCUCUUCUCUUUUUCAGUGGAAGCAUGGAGCCUGCGUUUCACAGAGGAGAUCUCCUGUUCCUCACGAACCGAAUUGAAGAUCCAAUCAGAGUGGGAGAAAUCGUGGUCUUUAGGAUAGAAGGAAGGGAAAUUCCUAUAGUCCAUCGCGUCCUGAAAAUUCAUGAGAAGCAAAACGGUGACAUCAAAUUUUUGACAAAGGGAGACAAUAACGCCGUUGAUGACAGAGGGCUGUACAAACGAGGGCAGCACUGGUUGGAGAAAAAGGACGUAGUAGGACGAGCGAGAGGAUUUGUGCCCUAUAUUGGAAUAGUGACUAUCUUAAUGAAUGAUUAUCCAAAAUUUAAGUAUGCAGUCCUCUUUUUACUGGGUUUAUUUGUGCUGGUCCAUCGAGAGUAGCCUCUUGCACUGAAGUAGGAGGUGAAGGUGCCAUGGAGUUUUUAGAUGAACGUUUUAAGUAGGUGGUGGUCCAGUGUGCCGGGAGGAAGAAGAAAACAUGCAUUUCAAAGCUUCUUGCCAGUUUGGGUUUGUUUUGUUUUUUACUGCCUCAGGGCAAAUGUUUGUCACAGUAUUUCCAAUGGUUUGUCACAUUUUAGCAUUUUUAGUGAGUUUUUAUAUUAAAAAUUUAAGCCAAACUCUUCAGUGUUUGUACUUUGAAGCUGAGCUUCCUCUCAAAGUGCCUACAGGACCAGGUCCUCUAAGUCUGUGCCUCCGCUGGGCAAGCGCAACCUCUCCCUGUGCUGACUGAACUGUCAAACAGCGAGCUGUGGAGGUGAUGUUUUUUCCAAUUCAGAACUGGAAUAAAGAUUUUGCAUCUUGCC